AUGCUUGAAACGCUAUCUGCUUUGGACACUGGCGAUCACGAACAGAUACGAAACGUUUUUGAACUUGUGUCUUCAAACGUGCUUCAUGAGCUCUCAAACUCAUGCAACGUCACAAGCCAAUCCGACAAAAACUGUGAGUGUAUUUGGGACCGUCUUGCAAAAACCCAGAACGACUCAAUACCUAGACCUACAAAUAUCCAGGGCAGUCCGAUCGAAGUUCAAAGAGAAUCCAGCAUUGACUUCAUCACCAAACUACAGGAAAAAAACAGCAUGUUAGUGGACGACGAGCACUUUUACCAGCACGAUGUGGAUGCAAAUGCUACUACUGGAUUUAUACACUCUCGUAGGUAUGGAGGAGGAAUGACUAGCGACUCCCAGGGCGCCGUGGCCACCAGAUCGUGGAAAAACCAGGAAGCUUCUUCUACUCAAAUCACAGAUAAGGAAGUUCCAAGAGACUUUUCCUACCUCGAAAGAGGAUAUCCAUCCUACCCCAGUCCAGGCAUUUUCACUACACCAAUGCAAGACAGCCUUCUGACCGACAUGCCCAACAUUCCGGACGACACGAGUGCCGAUUUGGAGAGAUGGUUUCUAUACCCGAUUUAA